GUUCGCACUUCAACACAACUCGUCAUAACGUCACUCAAUAUAGGAUUGAAACUCUAGAGAUUUACCGUCAAGUUAUUUAUUUUUUGAUUCAUAUAUCAAAACCUCAAACCGAAUCCUACAUUACAAUUCAUACCAACACUGCAAAUUUUUGUUUCAUUAAUUUGCUCACCAAUUCAAUUAUCAAAGGGCACUCUCAAAAAUUACCACGUCAAAUUUUGUAGUACCACUGUAACUGCCUAUUGGGUCAUUAUUUUGACAGACGGCUGUAGUUGGAGAUCAAUUACGCUACCUGGUAUCACUUCCCUCAAUCGUCAUCGUCCACUGUUAUAAGCGCAACUAGCAUGAGUUUUCUUUUUUUACCACUUGAAGUUCUACAGCAUAUCGCAGUUUGUGUUGAAACAGCGCAUAGGCCUAGCCUUUACGCUUUUAGCUUGACGAGCAAGGCUUGCCACAGAGCCGCAACUAUUCUGGUCUUUCAGCAAAUCAUUAUCACAGUCCACGAUCGCAAAAUACUGCGGUGCGAUGUCGAUAGACUUAUUGAGUCUCUCUCUCGCACGGAUUCCUUUCGUCAUAUCCAAAGCAUCACUAUCAAAGGAGCUCUAAGACCCAACGUUGAGAAGCAAGAAGGUUAUGGUCCACAACCGCCUUAUGUGGCUAUCACUGGCCUUGACGAGGUAUUGGUGAACGAGGAGCCUUACUCUUACCAUGGCCUAUAUACGGUGUAUGAUGAGAGCGUCAUUGAGAGGUCUUCAGAGGAGGAUAUGGCAUGGGCUCCUGUUGUGAACUUGCUCCAAGCUAAAAUUCACCUGAAAGACCUGGUUUAUGACUGUCAGAGUCAAUUUCCACCAAGUCUUCUCAGGGCACUUCAUGAGCAGCAUCCUCAAUGCAGGCUUCAUCACCUCACGUUUCGAUUCCGGACAUUAUUGUGGGACGUCCCCUACUCUUACGAAAUGGAGCUUGCUACAUCACCAUCUCUCUAUAGAGUGAAGCUUACUUGCGCUUUACGCGAUACUGAUAGAGAUGAUGAUUUCAACUUAGAGGCUAUGAUGGAGCUUACUGCGGGGCUUGCUACUAAUUUGAAGGAGGUCAUUGUUUUGAAUCUCCUUCCAGGACGCUCUUUAAAAUCAGUUCGCCCCCGUGGGUCUUGGCACGGUCUCCCAGGCUUUACUGGAGGGAAGUUAGGUUCCUUAAAAUCACUGUCACUCAAAGGAUAUUCGCGUUUGAAUUCCCCAAUAAUGCUACAGAAUUGGGCGAGGUGUACAGACUUUGCUUGCCUGGAGCACCUUACCCUCGGAGGCUCCUACGACGCAAAACACUCUGGGCUCACUGGUGAGACAAUGGAAUGGGUUGCCCAGAACCAUUUCUUUCCCAAAGUCAAAACACUCAGCGUUUACCUUAACCGCGAUAGCAAUGACCAAGAAAGACUGAACUACGGUGACUACGCAGUUUCCUUUUUCCAGGCUUUCGAAUAUCUUGAAGAACUAUCCAUCGAAGGGCCAAUAGAUUCAAAAAUUCUGGACAAUGUUCUCUUCCGUCAUGGACAGACGCUUAAGAAACUAAGCUUGCAUCCUUUUGAGGAAAGGUAUGCAAACUCCAAUGAAAGUGAUAUCCUGGAUACACCCUUCGAGUUCACUAAGGAUCAUUUUUUGCAGAUUGAAGUUCAGUGUCCGGUACUAGAAGAGCUCACAAUUCCUGUCAAACGCAAUGUGUCAAGUGUAUCCGAGACUGAGAUGUACAGAUGUUUUGGAAGAAUGAAAAACUUACGAUCUCUCUUUCUUAUCUUGGAUUGUUCGAAUUGGCGGGUGACUCAAAACAGUACAUACAAUCUCAAAUUUGAUGAAGAGGAUCAGAAGACUCUAAUAGAUAACGAAUGUCCUUUUCUUACGAGGGGUGUAGUGAAGGAAACCUUUAUUAAUUGCGCAGUGGACGAGGCGUUAGCUCGCGCAAUCUGGAAGAUCAUUAGCCAGAACAAGACUGGUAGACGGCUGGAGCGACUCAAAUUGUGGCCUGAGGAAGGUAAUGUAUUCGGCAUCUACGGUACGGGGCUACCAUUCACCUUUUCAGAAAUGAUUAAAAACAUGACUCGAUCAUGGAUAUUUGAGCGCGAUCCGCGAGAAGAUGAAGAAGAGCUCUUCACUGUUAGAGAACUAAGGCAGCACAAAAGGAGGAACAGCGAUGAACUGGCAGUUGGCUACUUGGCAUGUAUUCAUGAUCCAGAGAUUUCGGAGAUAUUUCGUUCUAUAUGGCCCCCUAAAAAAGACGGCUAUGAUUGGCGAGAUGAUUGGUCGAGUUUUCCUCUCCAGGUAUAGGAUUCUACAAUUUAGAAUUAGGUUAGAAUCAGAUUUCUUCUACAUUUUUUUUAAAAAUCAUAAUCACACUGUGAUUUCUUUCUUAUUAUGAAGAAACUAAAAACUAGCUCGAAAAAUUACUUAAUCUGA